GUUGAGAGUGGCCGGUUAACAUCGCUAGAUUUCAUCAACAUAUUACCAGACUCUUUAGAAUCCUUCUACCUCUUUGGUAAUCCCCUUGGUCGUUUAAAUGAAACAGAUGAAGAUAUAGAUACUGCCAGGUUAUGCCAAAUUAAAUUCCCCAAGAGCCUCCAAAAACUUGAUCUCAGAGGUAGUCAGUGUCUAUUUACCAUUUACUCUCCACGAAACCUUGUCUUCCCUCCGAAUUUGAGGGGUUUAGACCUCAGCUACAAGAAUAUGAGUUCAGUCGAGAGAUUAAAAAACUUCCCACCAGCAUUGAACUUUUUAAUCUUGAGUUACAAUAAUUUGGCCUCAAUUGACGAGCUCAAUCUUCUACUAGGAUUGACUUCCCUAGACUUGGAACACAAUAAUUUGGUCUCAGUUAAAGGACUCCGUCUUCCACCGACAUUGAUCUCCUUAUCAUUGAAGAGCAAAGGUUUGGUCUCAGUUAAAGGACUUGAACUUCCGCCAGCGUUAACAUCUUUAAACUUGUGCCAUAACGACUUGGUGUCAGUCGACGGGCUUGAUCUUCCACCAACCUUGACCUCUUUAGAUUUGAGUUCCAAUAGCCUAGUCUCAGUCAAGGAACUUGAUCUUCCACCAGCUUUAACUCAUCUAUAUUCGAGGGGUAAUAAACUUCAACGGUUUUCGAAGAUAUUAUCGGAAAGCAUUCAAUCUUUAAACCUUGGGUAUAAUCGACUUAAAAAAAUGGUGAACUUUCACUUUCCGGUAAAUUGUACCAAGCUUGAGCUUUCAGACAAUACUCUUCAAAAGCUCCAAAUUUCCAAUGCACAUGAUCCAAAUCUAAAACUCCGAGAUUUUUGUCUAAGUAGUGUAGCCAUUACCACUCUCCGUGAUAUAUUUCCCUUUCCGCAAUAUCUCACUAGCUUUUCGAUAUGCAACACUAACAUUGGAUCCUUGUCGAGAAUCCUGUUCCCUACGGGGCUAACCCGCUUGUGUGCAUCUAAUAUCAAGGUUACUUCAUUGGAAAAUGUUGAGUUUCCACCGCGUUUGGAGGAGUUAAGUCUCCCGAAGAAUCAAAUAUCCAGCUUGGCCAAUAUCUGUUUUUCGGACAGUCUACUUGAAUUGGAACUUAAUGGUAACAAGUUUACGUCAAUCAAUGCCAUAAAGCUUCCUCCAAAAUUGAAGAAAUUGGACUAAGAGAAACGCGAUUGGCGUCAUCUACGAGUUACAGUUGCCUGAAUCCCUUGAGAGAUUGAACUUGGCGGACCAAAAGCGUGGUUUUCUGCUUAACCGUACUCCCAUACAUGGAGAAUUUUCAGAUAGUUUCCAUGAAUCUGAGAAAUACGGCUUAUCCUGU